CAUCACUUUUACUAUUGAUCCUUCUAUCUCAAUAUGUAAUUGCUUUCUUAUUUUUUCCAAGAACAUAUACAGAGGUUUACGCUCCAAUUCUAGUUGAAAGUGAUACUAGUAGCUCAUCAGAAGAUGAAUUUGCUCACAAUGUUGAUUGUUUUAAUGACAAAAUAGUUAGUGUGGAAGACAUCCUGGAAAAUUUAGCUAUGCAGAUUAAGUCUGAAAAAGUCUCACGGUUCAAUAUAAACAGAGCUGACAUUUGGGAUGGAGCUCUACGUGGUUUUAAGCGUUCAUCCUUUGAUCCAGCACACACCAUUUUAGUGAAAUUCAGUGAUAAUACUGGCUACAUGGAGAGUGGCAUUGACACAGGAGGACCCAAGCGAGAAUUUUUAGAACUCCUAAUGCAACAUCUUAAAGACAGAACACUAUUUGAAGGAAGGGAAACUGAAAAAUACUUGACCUGUGACAGUGCUGCAUUUGAUAAUGAUGAAUAUUUCAUCAUUGGGCGAAUGAUCGCUGUGUCCAUGGUUCAUGGUGGUCCUGGGCCACAGUUCCUUUCGAAAAACUUGUUCAACUAUGUUUUAUGUGAAGGUAACUUUUCCCCUGAUACAAAAGAUGUUUGUGAUCCAGAAAUACAGAUGAUGCUACAAAAGAUCAAGUCAUCGUCCUCAGUGGAAUGUCUUAGGAGUAUAGUGGAGGUGCAUGCUACAAUGCUUAUGAUAGCGGGAUGUCUUUGCCAUAUUAUCUGA